AUGAGUGACACCAACUCGAACGCGCACACUCAUUACAGCCUUGCUAACGAACCGGGGGAUGAUGACUGGGUACCUGGCUCGGAGUUUGGCUCGGAUUCUAGUCGUGAACCUUCCCCUGUCUCAAUGAUCAACCCAAAUGAGAACCUGCCAGUGGCACGACGCUUACAUUUGAUAGAAACUCGUCUUGAAAGUGUCAUUGGUUUUCCCGAGGGCUUCGCCAUCCAAGACCUGCCGGGAUUGGGAGGCCGCAUAACUGAACUGGAAAGAAAUCAUGUCAGACUCGCUACCAAGGUGGAAAAAAUCCCGUUGAGAUAUCGGAUAAAGCAAUUAGAGGUUUCACUUGAAAAUCUAGAACGAACCAAUCUCUUGCAUAGAAGAAUUGCCGACCUUGAAGCAUACGUGAGGAACCACAUAUCGGGCGGCGGGGCGAUGGUUUCUAGUGGAAUUAAUGGUGUGGCUGGACCACCAGCAGCGGCUCAUCCGAAUGAAGGUGUGGUCCAAGUCGGCCCAGAAAUCAGGGAAGCGGCGGAUCCUAAUGAUAGUGCGGUUCAAGUCGGCCCGGCAUCUGGAAAUGCGGCAGAUUUAAAUGGCAGUGUGGUUCAAGUCAACGAUGAACCAGCGGCCGCGGCGAAUUCGAAUGGAAAUGCGGUGCAUGCCGGCCAUGCCCGCGCAGGGACGGGUAAUUUGACUGGGCAAGUACUUCGAGUCGGUCAUGGGGCAGCAUGGGCAGUAGGUCGUAGAUUUGCACCUUGGCCAUUGGACGACGUGGGGAGAGAUGUGCCGGUCACCGAGUGCCCCGGGUCCAAUUCAGAUGGGAGUGUGGUUCAAGUCAUCUAUGAACCAGCGGCCGCGGCGAUUUCGAAUGGAAGUGCAGCUCAUGUCGGCCAUGGACCAGCAGGGGCGUGUAAUUUGACUGGAGAAGUCCUUUGA